CUACUGGGUAGAUAGUUAUCGACCGCGACCAGAAGACAAUUGCACUGACAAUACGGAUUACCCAUACAUACUGACCUCGUGAUGCGGUCGAGGUGUACCAUGCAUGUUUAAACACAAAGAAAACGAAAAUGGCGUAAGGUGUGAUUCGGGGGAAAGUUGAGGAGGAAAAUGACACUGGAAGGUUCGAGUCGUGGGAUGCUGACUUUGUGUGGAGUACUUGUGUUAGCGGCCGGGAUAGCGACGUCUGUAUCAGUUGAUUAUUUCCCUGCAAAAUGCGACAGCAGCGUCAUUGUCGACACCAGCAGCCAGCUGGAGAGCAGCGUCGGUCUGCACUACGCCAGCGACGUAUCUUGUACAUACACCGUCACAGUCGCAGCUAACAAGAGGGUUCUAGCUAAAUUUCAAAGAUUUGACUUUGAGAAAGAACAUAAUGGAUCAUGUGUAGAUUAUAUAAAUUUGUUUGACGGAAGUGACGUCCAUCAAACUAAACUAAAUGCGAAACCUCUUUGUGGCACCAUUUUACCUGGCAACACCAUAUCCAGCCGCAACACCAUCACGGCGUCUUUCGUCACGGACAGUUCCGGGACUGCCCGAGGAUUCGCCUUGUUGUUCACGGCAAUAUAUAAUGGGACAUGUGCAUCCGGGGACUUCUCCUGCAACAACUCGCUCUGUAUCGCUAAUGACCUUCAAUGCAAUGGCCUUGACCAAUGUGGAGAUAACUCCGACGAAGCAGCAUGCACAGCUGAAGACCUGCUCCUGAGGUACGGAAAGGACCACGCCCCGCUGAUUGCCGGUGUGGUACUCGGGGUGCUGGCCGUUGCUGUGAUUGGCGUCCUGGUGGCCAUGUACAUCUACAAACGCAACAAAUGGAGACGCUUUCUCAGUGACAAUGAUGCGGAGGAUGAAAGCAUUUGGGAAAUCGAGUCUGCCUACCCCGUCACCCAGAAGUACUUCAAAGGAAACCGAGGACGACCCAAUUAUAAUACCUUGCAAGAGUAUGCAGAAACUGAUCACGUCACAGCAGAAACUAAUGACAUCAGUCCACGAGGUGCAAGUGACGUCAGUGAUGCUUCAACCUCCAAACUGACAUCGACUGCAUGAUACCUAUAGCUGCAUCGAAUUUUGACUUGGCUUUUUAAUAGGUGGUGGUUAUACAUAUGUGUAAGUUUUACGAUGGCAUUUAUUCAAAACCUUGACAUUCCGAACCCUCUACAUUCCGGACACCUGCAGAUAAAGACAUACAGCUGGAAAGCCCGCUAGUUUCAUCGAUGUAGAUCUACUUAAUCUAGACGAAGGAAACUGACCGCAUUACGAGGUUACCAAAUAUCGAUGUCCCAUCAAUUAAUUCGUCUUCAUGAAUCCCAUGAGCAAAUUAGUUCUUUGGUAUUGCAUGCUAAAUAUGUUCUGAAACGGAACUUUCACAAAAAGCAAGAAACUCGUACGUGGAAACCUGGUGAAAACGUAUAUAUGUGGAACCGCCCAUAUAUGAGAAAACAACUUGUCACUGUCCAGUCGAGACUCCCGUUAUACCGAAACCCCGCUUUGGGGGCGCGUGUGUUAGGAACGUCUUCCUGUUCACAUUACCAACCCUCGAUUAUCCAGACAUUUCUAUCUCCACUCUGAUAUGAUAAUAGCUAGGAGAUAUAAUAAACUGGCUGAUCGAGGAUAGACAUUGCCAUGUAACAAGGAUUCGUUCAUCCGGAUAACUGUUAAUCCCUACGAUUUCACCUGGGAAGCACAUUCCAGAUUAACGGGGUUUCGCUGUAUAUUCAACACAUUUUCCGCAAGACCAAGGUGCGUUAAAUAGCCAACUACCAAUGACCAUUACGAAAGCUGCUGCUAUCCAUAACAUCGAUUUUGACAAAAACUUGCAUUAAUCAAAAUAUUGUUGACGUAUUAUUCAAUAUCAGGUGAUGGAUGCAAUUUGAGUUGUACUUGCAUGUUACACGUGUUUUAUUUAAGGCUUGUCAUAUGUUGUUUUGUUCCUUCAUAUGAAUCUAUCUUUUUAUGUGUAAUUUGAAUGUGUUAUCUAAUUCCUUUACAAUUAUACAUUUUGUCCAUGUAGAUAUAUAUCUAUUGUUUCGCGGGCGAAACUACACCAAUUCGAAUUAUUUAUUUGACCAAUUAUCUUGAUAUGUAUUUAUUCUCUUAUAGGAAACGUUCAAUGCCCAUUUUGAUUUGCAAAAAUAAAUGACUUGUAUAAAAACUGCCGAUUUGUUACACGAUAAAGAUGUAAAACAG